AUGGCUCGAAAGACUGAGUCGAGUCACCAGAAGUGCUUCAAUAUAGCAGUUGUGGGCCUAUCGGGCACUGAGAAGGAGAAGGGAUGUCUGGGUGUGGGGAAGUCAUGCCUCUGCAACCGCUUCAUCAGACCCCUCGCGGACGACUACAACGUGGACCACAUCUCAGUGCUGAGUCAGACUGACUUCAGCGGUCGCAUCAUAAACAACGAGCAUUGGCUCUAUUGGGGGGAGACCUGCAAGACAUCGGAUGAGGGCUUCGAGUUGGCCUUCAGUGUCAUCGAGCAGACGGAGUUCAUAGACGACGCCUGUUUUCAGCCCUUCAAGAGUGGUAAAACGGAGCCUUACUAUAAACGGUGCGCCUCCACACGCCUGUCCUCAGCCGAGAAGAUGAUGUAUAUCUGCAAAAAUCAAUUGGGAAUCGAGAAGGAGUACGAACAGAGGUAUCUAAACGACGGCCGCUUCUCCAUCGACGGCUUCGUCUGCACCUUCGAUGUGAGUCAAGUUCAGGGCCGAGCCAUCGAACGACAGGUCGAGUUGACGGCACUUAUACUCAAUGGUCUGAUUAAGACAAAGAAGCCCAUAGUGUUGGCCACCACUAAACACGACGAGGUGUACGACUAUUACGUAAAAGAGGCCGAAAGGCUGCUUAACAGACGGGAAUACAAGGGAAGCAUUCCUUUGGUGGAGACGUCGGCCCACGAGAACGUGAACGUCGACCUGGCGUUCAUCGCUUGCGCCCAACUCAUCGACAAAUCUAAAGGCAAAUCAAAGAUCGUGUCUUUCCUGGAGUCGUCGCGCAAUCGAAAGGAUGCGUUGGACAACGCCAACGACGCCUACCUAUCGCUCAUUCAGUCACAAAUCACUGAUUACAGGACUCUGUGGAACAGCACUUAUAAAAAGUUUUCCCAAAGUCAGGACUUUUUAAAUUAUUGUCAACUCUUCGGUCAGGACUCAGCGCACCUGACGUUUAAGCGUCACAUCAAGAAACUAAAAGAUGACUACUUGUGCCGUAAAAUGCAAAUGUAUUUAAGAGUUUUACCGGAAGUACUUACAGAACUGAUGCCAGAUCUCGAGACCAUCGGUGAGAUCAGUGAUUGGAUUACGAUUAAGGAUAGGCUUCGAUCUCAUCCAGACUUUGACCAAUACUUUAUCGACAAUCCGGACAUUUCGUGGCAUGAGGUCGACUUCGAAGACGGGUCCGAAACACGAAUUCCAUUCGAUUUGUUGGACACUCCAGAAGCAGAACAGGUGUUCGUUGAGUACCGAAUGAGUCUCGAAAGCGGUGAACGACAGAAGGAAUUGAGGCAUCAAUUCAGACAACUAUUACAAGAGACCUGUUAUGUGACGCCCGGGAAGUCUUUAACCGAAGUUCGCGUCCUGUUUAUGGGUCGCGAAUGCUAUGAAUCUCUGAGCGAACGGGACGUGAUUGAGAUGUACGAAGAGCACCAGAAAGAUAUUACAGACGGCGCUAAAAUACAUUUCCAAGAGUUACUAUUAGAGCACUCGAGUCUAUUCUAUCACUUCGCGAGCUUAGGUCCCGGAAGUGUCAUCACUCAAGACGACAUUCAAAAGAUUACAGAAGCUCUUCAAGAGGACCCGAGAUACAAAGCAUUAGACCGUUUAGAUCAGGACAGGACUCUUAUGCUUCUGAGACACCUGGGCUUCAUUCACGGCCCCAUUCGAGAACACUGUCCUGUAUUUCCUAACUGUGCGGAUGUUUUAAUUGAGAAAUACAACGCUUCCAAAGCCAGAAGGCCCUCAACCGGAACUAGAAAUAGUCACUGGUUUUCGGAAUCGAAUAACAAUCACUUAAAUCUAAUCCUUUUGGGUUCAGGAGGUCUGAGUGAUGAGCUCUGCUCUGAAAUUAAGGAAAUCAAUGAGUCGUUUGAGUUGGAGAAGACGCGCUUCACUUUGGACUUCAGGAUAAUCGGCGGAGAUGUAGAUCUGCCACAAAAUGCCUUCCGAACCAAUGACUUCAGUCCGAAGGGAUGUUUUUGUGUUUAUUCCAAUCAUCAGACCUUAGAAUACGUGAGACAGAGCUUAGAGAAGACAUUAUUAUCAGAUCUCGAACAAGAGGACGGCCUCCCAUUUCACGGCCUUCCCAUUGUUAUCUUAUUUGCUGCCAAUUCUAACAUUAAUGAAAAGGAUUUAGUGUUUCUGAGAGAAGAAGGACAGAACCGGGCGAAGAGCCUUCAGUGUCCCUUCUUAGACGUGACUAACUUCGACAGUCAUUCUUCUGGUCAACGGUUUGACACCCAAUGCUUGAGUCAAGCCCUCCGAGCGCUCAUCGAAAGUAUUCAGAGGCGCGCAGAUCUGAUGCAAAUCUAUCAGUCAGUAUUGCCGGAACAGGCGCUCAACCCCGACAUCCGAAUCCUGGUCUGCAUGUUAUGCGGCGACCCCUUUACCAUCGAACAAGUGAUGAGCCCUUUCCUCACUCACAACAUGUAUUACGUGACCUCUUCUCACUCCAUCACAAUUGAACUCAUGAUCGGAGAGACGAAACGAUUUGUGGAACUGGUGUCCACUUCAUACCACGGGGCGCACAACUAUCGCGACGAACUCCUCCACGGCUUUCUCCUCUUCUACUCGUGCGGACGGAAGGCAUCGUUGGCCACAUUGACUGCAUUCUCGGCAAACAUUCCCAAUACUCCCAUUCAGAUGAUAGCCUUUAGCGACACUUCUAACUCUAAUAUCUAUUACUCGAACCACGACUUGGAUCUCCAACUGCUCUCCGAAGGCAAUACUCUCGCAGACAAACUCGAAGCACAUUUCAUCACAUCUUCGCCGACACAACAAAAGAAUUUAUAUUUCAUUCCAUUUCUCGAAGAAGUCAUGGAAAGGAAGCCUCAAAUUGAGAAGGCAUUCGAAAUGGAAGACUCAGACUAUUCAUUGGAAAGGCGAACGCCUGUACCUCCACCCGUUCCUUCACGACAAGAGUCAUACCAUAUUAGGAGCGGUUCUGCCGAUUCCGAUGGCAUUUAUGAGCAUUUGGGUGACAAGUCGACGGAUAACGGAACAGAACUCAUAUCGAGCAGUGGUUUUGUUGACGGCCAACAUCUUAGUCCCAGUGAUGACAGCGAAGUCUACGCCAGUGUUUAUAACCAGGAAAAUGGUGAACAACUCGUUAAGCCGAGUCAGAUCAAGAAUAGACGCAGUCUUCAAGCGGACCGGGACAGACCUCUGUCCAGUCGUCGCGGAGACCACUCUUCUCAACCUCCUCUCCCUAUCCCUCCCCGACGAGGAGAGCUCUCUUACGCUCCGCCUCCGUAUACCCGCGCUGUCUCUCCUCCGCCAUCAUAUAUAAGCCAUUUCUCGCCGCGACUUCCGUCACAUCACAAGCCAUUAAAGGCGUCGUCCGAUGAGACGAAGGCUGUCCCGCAUUCCUCUUCACUCUAUGGCACAGACAGGCGUCGAAUCGCCGCUUAUUCUGACAUUAAGUCCUUCACUCCAUUUCAAUAUCACUUUCAUAUAAAGAAGUCCAAUAGUCUUAAAGCCUCGGUUUUGGGUAACACUCUGUCCGGCGUUAGUCUUAGUUCUCAUUCCUCUCGAUUGCCUGAAGACUUAGACAAUGCAUCAGAUGAUGUAUCCGAUGAAGACGACGACACCGUCUCUUCAGGCCUUAGUGGUAGUGGAUAUGGUGCUUAUCCACCGCCUCCAGAACCGGCACCGCCUGACUAUCAGUACUCUCGUCUUAAAAAGACUCCCUCUUUGCCUUCUUCUGGCCGAUUGCCGGCUCAGCAUACUUUCAAUGAGGGUUGGAUGGAAAGGGAUAAUAGGGUUUAUGACAGAGGAAAUGAGGAAUGGCUCGACAAUGAUGUAUAUCAUGCUUAUCAGAGUCAUCACAAAUUGCCCCCACCUAUCAAACCAAAGAGUAAAAGUCAUGGAACUAAUCGAUUAUCUCAUGAACAGCCGGGAAAAUUGAAUUUAAAACAAUUCGAUAACAUUACUGAUGCCAUCGGACGCCUCAAUGUGGGACCCCGACAGGGCUCGACUCUGCCCAAAAUGGGACUCGUCAACGCACCCCUGGCCACACCGGAGUCCAUGGAUCUGCCCGUCGAUUACGCUAAGGACUCUAUUUAUGGCCGCAAUUCUCAAGACUAUUACUCAAUACUACAGAAUACUAUAAGUGAUGGCAAACAUCGCGUUCGUCUCAAUAGACGUAAUAAGGAUUCACUGGAAAAAGUUGGUUCAGAUUCUGAUAGUGAUUGGAGUUCUCUCGAGCGCCGGGAGAGAGACCCUUAUAGUAGAGCUAAUCGAAAGCCUACUCCACAUAAGAAAGUUCGUAAAAAGCGAGGCAUUCCUGUCGCUCCGCCACGUCUGCCUUCAUUUGAAGGCAAUUCCAAUAACUUUAGUAACCAAGCGGUCAAAUGUGUUAAUAAUGUCCCAACACUUGCUGGCGAUUCGCCGGUAGAUGUGUUCGAGUCGUCAGGUAUUAAUAGUUUUGAUUUGAAUAAGUCGUGUAUUGAGGCCAACGCUCCUUCACAUCCAUCACUCUCUUUGUCCUUUGCUUGUGCUGCUGACCCGUGCGCUAAAGGGAGGGCUAAUACGCCAUCAGAUGGAAGCGAGUCCAACGAAGACAAUGAACCGGUCGAUGAGAGCCAACAGAUUAUGUCUAAGUCGAGACCGAAGCGGUCCUUCCAUUUACGCCGUCGCGUCAAACCUCCGACACAGUCUCACUCUAUACCGGAAACAAAUUAUGGCGAAUCCAACAGUCCUCCCAUCAGUUCUAUUGAGUCCAAUCAUAAUAAUAUCAGUCCAUUCACUGUAGACCACUCACCCAAACAUAAGAACGACUCGUUGUCGUGCAUCCAAGCGGCUCAGGAGGAAGAUUACGACCCAAGAGAUGCCACAAUCGUUCAGUUGGGAAAGGUUUUGAAGAGUAAGUCGGCGACAGUUAUCACCGAAAACAACGAUAAUAAGGGAUCGAAGAAAGAGAAGGACAGGAAGAAGGCUCGCGAAGACGAGAAACUCGAGAAGCGAAGGCUUAAAGAAGAGGAACGGCUUAAGAGAAUGACUGAAAAGAAGAAAAAGAAACAAAAGAAUAGUUCAGCGAAUAACGGACCAACUCUUGAGGACUUUGUCCAAUCGGAAGACAAAGCCGUUCCUCUAUUUGUUGAAAUGUGUAUUCAAUUCAUCGAAGAAGAAGGUCUUGACUCAGAGGGCAUAUACCGAGUGCCUGGAAAUAGGGCUCACGUCGACCUACUGUUCCAGAAGUUUGAAGAGGACCCGAAUGUGUCGAUCCGAGAGUUAGACAUACCGGUGAACGCUGUGGCCACUGCUCUCAAAGACUUCUUCUCCAAACGUUUGCCUCCACUCAUACCGUCAACAAUGAUGGAUGAGUUGACUGAACUGUGCGCUUAUGGCGAGAAAAGUAGUCGUUUGAAUUCAUUUAAAGAAUUCCUCAAAAGCCUUCCAUUUGUUAACUUCGAAGUCAUUAAGUUUGUGUUCAAACAUUUCGUUAAAGUGACCGAUAAUUGCCGACUCAAUAGUAUGGACAGCAAGAACUUAGCGAUCUGUUGGUGGCCAACACUCCUUCCCUUUGAGUUCAACGAUAUGCUAGUAUUUGAACAAAUGAGACCUCAUUUGGAAGACUUUGUGCAGACAAUGAUAGAUGAGUUCCAGUUCUUGUUCAGCGCCGAAGAAUUGCUGGUCGUCUGAAUAGCCACUCAUUGGACACAAUAAGCAAUUAUAUGACUGUAUUGCCAACAGUUGAUUCAGUGACCAUAAGUGCAGUCAGACUAUCAAAAGUUAGCCCAUUUAUGCCAAAAAACAAAUUCUGGUCAUAUCGUGCAUACAAUAACACUUUUCUCAAACUUUCAAAUACUUUCAAUACUUUUGAGACAAUAAUUAAUUUUGUAAUCGAAAAGAAAUAUUUAAUGUAAUAUUGAAUGAAAUAUUGUCAUCGCUUUUUUUGAAGGGAACUAACCAUAACAUAAAUUAACUUUUAUAAUUUACUUGCUAUUUAGUGACUGAAAACAAAUGAAUUUUAGUAUUUUUUGAGUUUAAUAGCAGUGCAGCUAAUCAUCGUUAGAGUCAAUGCCAAAGCAUAUCAGAUAUACUGUAGUAAAAGAAAUUCCCUUUUCAUUCAUCUGAUGAUCGCUUUUAUCAUGAAAUCAGUUAUUGUUUCAAUCAUUUGUAUGGAUAACCAAAGAGUGGACUCUAAAAGCCUUUUAAAUCACAAUUUAGACUAAAUUUUAAUUUUUUGAACAAAUGGUCAAAUGUUGAAUAGUUUGUGCCAAAAGUAUAUUUAAAUGAAAUAAUAUAUUUUGCGGAAAUGAUUAUUUUGGCCACUCUUUAGAAUUUGUCCAAAACAGCGAAAUAUAUACUAAAAUGAGAUCUCAUUUAAGCUUUUCGUCGAUAAACAAGAUCUGAAUUUUACAACAAAAAGUCUUUUCGAUUGAAUCACUCUUUGGUUCCAACCACAGACCACUUUUCACUAAAUUUGUCCCCUUUUUAAGCCACACUUUGAAUGUGUUUUGAGAGCACAAGAUUGGCAUCACAUCUAUUGUUCACUUAUUUCUUACUGACCGCCGCUUCUUCUAUGAG